AUGACGGUCGGCGACUACCCCCUUCGUGAGAAGAUCGUGGUGGUAACCGGCGGCGGCGGCGGAUUGAGCUUUGAAUUUGUGAAGCUGGCAGUCGAGCAGAACAACAAGGUCAUCAUCGCCGACCUGCGCCUCACGCCGGCGGCUGAGGAGUUUGUCAAGAUGAACUCGAAACCCCAUGCUGAGUCGGGAUCAAAACCCCAUGUUGAGUCGGAAUCGGGUCACGUCAUCUUCACCCAAUGCGACGUCGCGGUCUGGGCCGACUUGAACCAUCUGGUCACGGUGUCGAUGGACCGGUUUGGCGAUGUGCCGGACGUCUAUGUGGCAGGGGCAGGAUUAUUUGAAAAGGGCCCCUACUCGUUCUUCACCGACGAAGAAUCCGACCGCUACACCCUGAUGGACGUGAAUGCGUCACACCCCAUCAAGUUGACACGCAUCGGCAUGAAAGCGAGCCUCCCGCGCAACAAGAAGACGGUCGUGGCCAUCGUCGCCUCCAUGGCCGGCUUGUACCCGCUGUAUCCGAGUCCGGUGUACAAUGCGUCCAAGCAUGCCGUGGUGGGGUUUGUCAAGUGUAUGAAGCCGGCGGAUGUGGAGGAGAAUGUUAAGAUUGUGGCAGUAUGUCCUGGCCUCGUCGACACCCCCCUCUGGACCGACGACAUCAAAGCCGCGUGGAAGUUCGACGAAUCCAUCAAACUGUCGGCCAAGGACAUAGCCGACACCAUCCUCCAAGUCAUCGAAGACGGCCAAUACCCCGGCGGCACCGUCAUGACCCACACCCACUACGCGGGCCGACGGGUCGAGGAGUUUGUCGACAUCGAGGCGCUGGUUGCCCCAUUGAAGGAGUCGAGUUAUGGGCCUGUGAGGGAGAUUUUGAGAAAAGAGAGGGAGGGCCAUAACUAUGAAGAGGAAGAGGGCCAUAAUCAUAACGAGAACCAUGACCAUGGACAGAAAGAGAAACAGGAACAGAAACAGGACCACGAGGAGAAGUAG